CCAUUAUUAGCACCGUAUCCGUUGGAAGCUGUUGCAGAACGCCGCUGCCAACUCUCUUUAUGCACUGACCCUUGGUGGCUGUGAAGAUGCCAAUGUUGUCACAUUUUCAAAUGAACUUUCGCGUGUUUCUCGUACUGGCGUCGAAGUUAUGGACAUGCAUCUGCUUCAUGUUCAAGCGGCAGGUUCGGGCGUUUGUACAGCAUCAACCGGUGAGGUAUCAGCUGUUCCCGCUGUCGCCGGUCUCCCGCCACCGGCUGAGCAUGGUCCAGCGGAAGACGCUGGUGCUGGACCUGGACGAGACGCUCAUACACUCCCACCAUGACGCGAUGCCGCGCAACACGGUCAAGCCGGGGACGCCGCACGACUUCACGGUCAAGGUGACGAUCGAUCGGCAUCCGGUGCGCUUCUUCGUGCACAAGCGGCCCCACGUCGAUUACUUCCUGGACAUUGUUUCACAAUGGUACGAUUUGGUCGUGUUUACCGCCAGCAUGGAGAUUUACGGUGCAGCCGUAGCCGAUAAGCUAGACAACGGACGUAACAUCCUGCGACGGCGCUACUACCGACAGCACUGUACGCCCGACUUUGGCUCGUACACCAAGGACCUGUCGGCGAUAUGCAGCGAUCUUAAUAGAAUAUUCAUCAUCGACAACUCACCGGGUGCAUACCGAUGUUUCCCCAACAACGCAAUACCGAUCAAAUCGUGGUUCUCCGAUCCGAUGGACAUUUGUCUGCUGUCACUGUUGCCACUGCUGGACGCGCUAAGGUUUACGAACGAUGUGCGAUCGGUGCUGUCCCGCAAUCUACACCUUCACCGUUUGUGGUAGCAGAAUUUAACUAAUUUUUUAUGGUGCGCUGUGAGACUUCUAAAAUCUUACAAAUACUUUUUUAUUUUAUUCUAAUCUUAUGAUUACUUACCGGUCUAGUGAAGGGAUUGUGUGUAUGUGUGUGUGUGAGAGUUCUACUACUGAGAACGAUGUGAAACAAAAGCGUUAGUAGAACAGAAUGCAUGCAAAGACCAUCGUCCUCUCCGGGUUGUGUUUUUAGCGCAGCCGAAGAUGGUAAAAAGUAUCAUCAAAGAGGGGAGGAUAGGGUAUAUGCUCUUCUCCAACUGUACUGUACCCGUAAACCCGACAAACUUCCUACAUGUGUUACGUAGCAUAUUGACAGGCUAACACCACACACCCAUCACCCCCUUUGCUGCAAACGCAAAGCGGUACUGGGGUGGUACAACACACCCUAUUUAAGGUUAACGUAUCGUGGUGGACAUCGAAAAAGUUGAUGCCAAGCUGCUGGUACUAGAAUGGUGCGCAUAUAUAGAGAGGGAGAGGGAGAGCGAACUCUGCUACUAUUGCUAGUGAUGAAUUCUAGUAAGAAAAAAAGCAUUUGGUAUGAUUCCUACACUUCGAGGUAAUCGCUUCAAACGCGUGACGAUCGUAAAGCACACCUUCGAAGGUAUCCUCGGUGAAGGGAAAGGGCGUGUGCUACAACAGUAGAGGAAAGGAGUAGGAGAGAAAGAGUGUAUUUGCUAAAUAUGUUUUGUUAUUAUUUUAUCGUCAACCGAUCAACUUCAAGCGAAUGGUUAGCGCCAUGAUAACCAUUAGGAUGAGCGCUUUUUCGUUUGAAGGGUUCCCGAAAACCACAUCCUAAACCGCGGCGGUGAGAUUCCUCCACACUGGUGUUUGGAUUACCUUUUUUUUUUGAAAAUAUUGUGUGUAAAAAAGUAGUUUAUAGCUCCAAUCGUUUUUGGAUAUGAUUAUUUGUACGAGGCUCUCCUUUUUUUUGUUAUUCAAUCAACUAAAGUGCGCUAUGUUACGUUUUCGCUUUGUUGUGAAUAAAAAAAAACGAAUAAAAAACGAAAAGCUAAUUCCCGAUUUGACAGGAGGCCGGGAAGAAUUCAAUUCAAAGCUAAACCAAUAAGAAAAUCACGAUGUAUUUUUGGGCAAAACUGUAGCUUCACAGGGCGCGUGCGCGCUUUCUUUAAUCAAACAUAGUUAAUUUUCUACGAAAAUUAGCAACUAGCACGGUUAAGUUCUGUGUUUUUCUGGGGGGGGGGAGGGGGGGGGCUGUUGUGUUUGAUCAAACGCCUCCAACAUAUACAGUUACGUUCACUUUCAAUGAAAGCGAUCAACGGGGAAGGGCGCUAAAUCAGUAUCUGUAGCCACCGUCCGCCGCGUGUGUGAAGUAAUCGAUGUGUGAGUAACAAUCAAGAAACUGCAUCGAAAAUCGUCACCCCUUCCCCUCUCGCUGCGUGUGACAGCGCAACAGCAAUUUGCGUCCUUAGACAGCAGUUUACAGGCCGCUCAUUCUGCGCCCUACCAUCAUUAGCUAUAAGAUUUCAAUCGCGAAAGAGACAUUCUCAGCAGCUUCAAAUGUGGUGUAGCCAUAUGGGGGGGUAUGGGGAAAUCGCUAUCACAAAAGCUAUCGUCGCGAAAUAGCUAAUUUAAUUUGCUCAAUCAGUCGCAGCAAUAUUUGGCGAUAAAGAGAACGGUUGGCAGAACUUACGGUAUUGCGUCCAAAGACAGACAGACAGAGGGAGACAGAGAGAGAGAGACAGAGAGACAGAGAGAGACAGAGAGAGACACAGAGAGAGAGAGAGAGAGAGAGAGUAUGGAUUUUUCGUGAAUAUUACUCAGUAUAUGGAUGGUUUUAAUUUAAUAUCUUUUGAACUGGUUAGUAACUGGAUUUGUUCGUUACAUUUUGAUCCAUUUUCCAAGGUUAGGCUCCAUUUUGAUUUUAGUAAAUUUUGUUUCCUUGAUUUACGUAUUUGCAAAACGAAACG